UGUGUGCGCGUGUGCACGCGCGUGUGCAGGGCCGGGGGCGGGCUCCGGCCCCGCUCCCUCCUCCCGCCCGCGCCCCGCGCUCCGUCGCCAACUCGGGGCCCCGGCGCGGCGGGCGGCGGGCAGCAUGCUGAGCCUCCUCGUCUGGAUCCUCACUCUCUCCGACACUUUCUCCCAAGGGACCCAGACCCGCUUCAGCCAGGAGCCAGCUGACCAGACGGUGGUGGCAGGACAGCGGGCCGUGCUCCCCUGUGUGCUGCUCAACUACUCUGGCAUCGUGCAAUGGACCAAGGAUGGGCUGGCGCUGGGCAUGGGCCAGGGCCUCAAAGCCUGGCCACGGUACCGGGUCGUGGGCUCUGCGGAUGCCGGGCAGUACAACCUGGAGAUCACGGACGCCGAGCUGUCUGACGACGCCUCCUACGAGUGCCAGGCCACAGAGGCCGCCCUGCGCUCGCGGCGGGCCAAGCUCACCGUGCUCAUCCCCCCAGAGGACACCAGGAUCGAUGGCGGCCCUGUGAUACUGCUGCAAGCCGGUACCCCCCACAACCUCACGUGCCGAGCCUUCAACGCCAAGCCGGCCGCCACCAUCAUCUGGUUCCGGGACGGGACACAGCAAGAGGGCGCUGUGGCCAGCACGGAACUGCUGAAGGAUGGGAAGAGGGAGACCACCAUCAGCCGGCUGCUCAUUAACCCCACAGACCUGGACAUCGGGCGCGUCUUCACCUGCCGCAGCGUGAACGAGGCCACCCCCACCGGCAAGGAGACUUCCAUCGAGCUCGACGUGCACCACCCUCCCACGGUGACCCUGUCUAUUGAGCCGCAGACGGUACAGGAGGGGGAGCGCGUCAUCUUCACCUGCCAGGCCACAGCCAACCCUGAGAUUCUGGGCUACAGGUGGGCCAAGGGCGGCUUCUUGAUUGAAGACGCCCACGAGAGUCGCUAUGAGACGAACGUCGACUAUUCCUUCUUCACGGAGCCUGUGUCCUGUGAGGUCCACAACAAAGUGGGGAGCACCAACGUCAGCACCUUAGUGAACGUCCACUUUGCCCCCCGGAUCGUAGUUGACCCCAAGCCCACGACCACAGACAUUGGCUCUGACGUGACCCUCACCUGCGUCUGGGUGGGGAAUCCCCCCCUCACCCUCACCUGGACCAAAAAGGACUCAAACAUGGGGCCCAGGCCUCCUGGCUCCCCACCCGAGGCUGCUCUCUCUGCCCAGGUCCUGAGUAACAGCAACCAGCUGCUGCUGAAGUCGGUGACCCAGGCCGACGCGGGCACGUACACCUGCCGGGCCAUCGUGCCUCGGAUCGGCGUGGCCGAGAGGGAGGUGCCCCUUUACGUGAACGGGCCCCCCAUUAUCUCCAGCGAAGCCGUGCAGUAUGCUGUCAGGGGCGACGGGGGCAAGGUGGAGUGUUUCAUCGGGAGCACACCACCCCCGGACCGCAUCGCCUGGGCCUGGAAGGAGAACUUCUUGGAGGCGGGCACCCUGGAGCGCUACACGGUGGAGAGGACCAACUCGGGCAGUGGCGUGCUGUCCACGCUCACCAUCAACAACGUCAUGGAAGCAGACUUUCAGACACACUACAACUGCACGGCCUGGAACAGCUUCGGGCCCGGCACGGCCAUCAUCCAGCUGGAGGAGCGAGAGGUGCUGCCCGUGGGCAUCAUCGCCGGGGCCACCAUCGGCGCGGGCGUUCUGCUCACCUUCUUCUUCAUCGCUUUGGUGUUCUUCCUCUAUCGACGCCGCAAAGGCAGUCGCAAGGACGUGACCCUUAGGAAGCUGGACAUCAAGGUGGAGACUGUGAACCGUGAGCCACUCACGAUGCAUUCAGACCGGGAGGAUGACACCGCCAGCGUGUCCACUGCAACUCGGGUCAUGAAGGCCAUCUACUCGUCCUUCAAGGACGACGUGGACCUGAAGCAGGACCUGCGCUGCGAGGCCAUGGACACGCGGGAGGAGUACGAGAUGAAGGACCCCACCAAUGGCUACUACAACGUGCGCGCCCACGAGGACCGCCCAGCGUCGCGGGCCGUGCUCUACGCCGACUACCGCGCCCCCGGGCCCGCGCGCUUCGACGGGCGCCCGGCCUCCCGCCUCUCGCACUCGAGCGGCUACGCGCAGCUCAGCUCCUACAGCCGCGCCCCCGCGUCCGACUUCGGCCCGGAUCCCGCCGCCCCCGGGCCCGCCGCCCCGGCCGGCGCCGACUCGGCCAGCACGCUGUCCUACGAGAACUACGACAAGUUCAACCCGCACCCCUUCCCCGCGGCGGCGGGCUACCCCACCUACCGGCUGGGCUACCCGCAGGCGCCGCCGUCGGGCCUGGAGCGGACCCCGUUCGAGGCGUACGACCCGAUCGGCAAGUACGCCACGGCCACCCGCUUCUCCUACACCUCGCAGCACUCGGACUACGGGCAGCGGUUCCAGCAGCGCAUGCAGACUCACGUGUAGGCCCGGGGCCGGCUGGGCGCCUCUGCGGGGCAGAGGACGAGGCUGUCACAGCCGUUCCCUGAUAUUCAGGGGCGUUGCGCGUCGCUCCCGGCCCGGCCCAGCCUUCGUCCUCCGCCGCCGGCGCGGCAGGUGGGGAGCAGGUCUCCCGGAAACACCCCGUCCCGAGGAUGGUGCUCUGUGCAUGCCCCAGCCUCCUGGGCCUGCCCUUCCCUCUUCUUCGGGAGGACGUGUCUCUUCCGACCUGGGCUCUCUCCUGGCCCCAGCACGCGGACAAGGAAGCGAAGGUUGUGGAGAGCGGAGGGGACACUUUUUAGCAUUCCCAUUCUGCCCCACCCCUCUGGUCUCCCCUAAGUGGACAGGGGUGUGUGACAAUGAGCAGGCGUUGGCCUAGGGGGACACGCAGUGCGGGCGAUGGGAGGGGGGCUCAGGCGCAGAUAUGCGGAGACGCCUUUCCCCGGGGCCCCUCUCCAUCCUUUGCAUUCCUACCCCGGCAGCAUCUCUCCUGCCGGGACUGCGGAAGGGACCUCGGAUUGAUUUUAGCGGUCCACCGAACAGCCCUGGCACUGAGUUCAGAUCCAGCCCUCAUUCAGCUGGGAUCAGAGGGCCAGCUGUCCUGGCUGCUCAUUGUGGACACCUGUGGGCAGAGGACCCAGAUUCUCUGUCCUCUGUGCAGAGCCCGCAGGUUAGAUCAGGGUCCCCAUGGAAAAAAGAAGGUGGGGGAACCCUGCCCUGGCACACCAGCAGGAAGGCUGUGCGCUACAGAGCAGUUUCCAGAACCCCGUCUAGAGGAGCCCCUUCCUUCCCCAGCCUGUCCCGCAUCCUGGUUUUAACUCUUGAGCCUGUCUGGGGAGUGGUGGUGAGAGGGUGGGAUGCCUCAGGCUAUUUUUCAAAGACAACAAAAAACAAUGAAAACCUCACUUGGGGAGGGCAAAAAAAGCUGUAGGGAACCCCCCACCCAAAGUCCCAAUGGGAAGGGAAGGGGACACCUGUUCACCAGAUUCGUAGCACCGUCCAUUACUCUGAAUUUCCAAGCACUUUGAAUCCAUUUUUAAACAUUCAGGUGGUAAGACCUGUCCCCCACGGGCUCUGACAGGCUUAGGGAGGGUGCCUCGCUCUCAGACUGCUUGUCCUGCCCCCCAGCUGGUCGGGGGGGCCCCCUUCCGGGGGCAUGGGAGAUAGUCUCUGCAGACAGGUUUUGGUUUGUUAAGUGUCUUUUUUUUUCUUGGACCAAUCAGAUUCCUUCCACUUUCAGUGCCUUGAGUGUCCAGCUUUGGUUGACCGGCUCUGUGUGGGGGCCCCGGGGGACUGGUAUCGUGAGCCCCAGACACGCCGCUAGGUGUUGCAGAGUUUUGGGGACGGCGGGUGAGGGGCCUGGAGAGGAAGGAAGGUGGCACGGGAGGACACUGCAGGCACUCAUGCCCAUGCUGUCCCCACACACACAUUCCACAUGGCCAUUCUCAGCCGCCACCUCUGACCAAAGAGAACUGUGCCCCCGCCCCGGCCCCCCUUCUCCUGGCAGGCAGGGUCUCUGGGGUGAUCCCCGGAACGCGCUUUGCCCUCUCUCCUGGUCACCACUCAUUAGUCGUGUUUGCUUUAAUGAGUUACAUGCUCGUCAGCCACGGGCCAUCACCACCCCUGCGGAUGGCUCUGUGGGGUGACACUCCUCCCCAUCCUCGCUGGUAAGGUCCAGCUAGUGCCCAGGAAGCAGGCAGCUCCGUUGCAGCGAGGCAGGCUGCCUCUGCAUCCCCUUCUGCGGCAUCAGGGGCAAAGCCUGGGUGUCUCUUGGGGGUGGGGGGACAUCAUCCAGGUUCCAGCUGCAUUCUACCCUACCCCUGGGAGCUGACCCCUCUGUACCGAGUCCUUUAUGUGAGCCCCGGGAGAAGGUCUGAUAAGGAUGCAGGUUCCCAUGCAGAUGAAUUCAUGCAUAUUUUGAUUCUCUUCGCAGAAACAGAAGCCAUGGGUAAUCGAACAGUUAAAGUCUAAAGAUGGCGAUGGCUUUGUAAACAAGAGUAUUCCAAAAAUUAUUCAUUUGUAUUUGGGGUUUGGCCACAUUCUGUUUCCUUUUGUUUUGUUUUGUUUUAGUGCGGGGCCCAUUCUGUUGAGAUGAUGAAGAGGAGGGCCCGAGGUCACUAGCCAGCUCAGCUGACACUACGGGGACCGUUAGUUUUCAGAAGCCUGUGAACAGAGCUACUUUUCUGCUCUCGGACUCUGUAACCGGCCGCUCCUGGGUACGGAGCAUGCACAGGGCAAGGCACAGAGAGACACCAGCGCCCCAGGCCCUCUCUGCGCUCUGCAGUUUGCACAAUGCUCAUCUGAUCACACCCAGAACUGGGGCCUGCCUGUUGGGCCAAUGGAAUUGCUUUUCCGGGGAGGGGAAGGCGCCGUUGAACGUAGGAGAGCUUUGCUGUUGGAGGCUGGGCCCCUCCAGCAUGGUGCCCGAGUGCGUGGUGUGGUCGUCUUGGUGACCCCGAGCACCUUUGAUACACUCAUCUUAGUGGGAAGAGUGAGGCAUGAGGGGGUCAGGAGAUCAGGGGCCCCAUCCCGAAGCUGCCAUUGGCUGAGUGACCUUGGCCUAACCUCUUCAUGUUUGCCACCCCCGAUUUUCUGGCCUUAAAACAGGGGGAGGGUUGCACAGCCCUAGAAUUAUUCUGCUCUUGCUGUAUUCAUUCGGUGAGGCGGGGGCCCAGCCACCCCUGGGGAGGAGCUGGGAGUGGAUCGUGAGCAGGGAAGGGGUGGAGUGGUAGAAGGUUCUCCUCUCUUGAGAAAAGCUUUCGCUGUGGGCCUCUUGUCACAAGUGUUGCAAGUGGGUUUCCUGUAGGGUCUGCUGCAUGCGGAACGGCGACAGAGCACAUCCUCGGCCUCCGUGAGAUUGGUGUGGGCUUGUCCUCUGACCAUUGGGAGUAGUCGCUCUCGAUUGGAGCCCUCUCAGAAUUCUGCGGGUUUGGCAAAGGCAUCUGUGUCCCGGGAGGGGUGGGGGGAGUCCUCCAGGGUACCCUGGUUCCGGGCAGCUUCGAGCGGGGGUUGGGGGGGAGUCGCGGCAGCCACCUUCCGCCCUGUCCUCUCGUUGAGGAGGCAAACCUGCCGGCCAGGGUGUCUCGAGCCAGGUAGUGAGGCGUGAGCAAGGCUGACCCUUCUGUGAGGCAGCUGGUCGAGGGAAGAGGGGAGAGCAGUUUGACAUUGACUCUGGUGAUUGUGUGUGAGCUCAUGGGGGCUCAGACUGUGUCCUGAUUCCUGGAUCCCUCGAAGCCCAGCCCCAGAGUCCUUGUGGGGUCAGGAAGGGGGGCUACCAGGGACGGCGGUGCUGCCCAGAACGCCAUGCCCCGGGGUGGUCAGGGUCAGUGUGACCCCCCCACCUGCAAGUCCAUCGCUCUGAGGGAGGGCCCUGCCCUGGAGCCCCUUUUCCUCCCACGCUCUGUGGAGCACCACAGGCCCUGGGCUCCUUAGAAUGGAACCGAAUGGUCCCUCAGCGCACCUGACCCGUGCGGGCAGCGGUGAUGGGCCAUUCAGGUCGGAGGAAAAGCACAUCAAAGUCAAGACCCCACUUGGACUGAAACGGCUCAGUGGCGGCCUCACUUGGCUGUGUGGGCCCUUCCGUCCAUAUGGCUGCUCUCCUGGGCCGCCACGACCUCGGAAACCCAGGCUUCCCUACAACUCCAGUGCUGGGCGUCCCUGGCGGGUCACUGCCCUGUGCCUCGUGUUAGGGAGUCACCAGGAAGGCGUUCGUGAAGCCCCUGACUCUGGAGGGACCAGUGAAGAGGUGGUCGCCAGACCCUCCACAGACCGAGGGAUGUGAUUUGGAAAGGCAUCUGUUUUUGUGAAGAGGCUAUGAAACAAGCAUUUAAAUACUCCCCUCCUUUGUCCCUGCCUUCCCCGCCCCCCAGCAUCUGCCUCUCCUGGAGGCCAGCCUCCAUCCGCUGGCCUCCUCCUGCCUCCGGGCGGCCGGGGAGAGUCCGGAACGGGGGCGCUGGGGGAGGUUCCCGUUUCCUUGCGUCACUGUGAAGGAGCUCCAGGCCCCGUCCCUGGAGAAGGCUGUGCAGAAGUCACAGGCCAUAUGGGCAGCUCUGGUACGAGCCUGCCCUUACAAAUAAUAACAGGAAUAAUAAUAAUAAUAAUAAUCGUAGAACCGUCCCGCUCCUGCCAGCCUCCUGUCCUGCCCCUGGCUGUUCUCGGGCCACAACCAUGGGCCUUUUCGAGGGUCGGCAGGCCGCGGGGCCUUCUACCUGUUUCUGGAGACCAGAUGCUGCCCCGGGAACACCCCCCAGCUCCCGGCCCGGUGGUCACGCUCUCCACCCUGACCACCCUUGGGGUCACAGCCUCCACUCUGGGCUGCAGUUGAGUUUUCUGCUCUCAAACCCCAAUAAUAAAUGGAUCCAUGAUGACAAUUAAGAGAAAAAAAUAUUAUUUUUGUUAGAACAGACCAUCGUAGGUUUUUAGCAAUGUGUGUCUGUGUGUCCUCACGCC